GUAGCAGUGGCUAGAAUGCGCAGCACUCAGCAGGUCUAUGCACUGAAGAUCAUGAACAAAUGGGACAUGCUGAAGCGUGGAGAGACAGCAUGCUAUCAGGAGGAAAGAGAAGUUUUGCUGAAAGGAGAUCGGCGCUGGAUAACUGAGCUGCAUUAUGCCUUUCAGGAUGAUAAUUAUCUGUACCUAGCAAUGGAUUACUAUGUUGGUGGAGACCUGCUGACUUUGCUUACUAAGUUUGGGGACCGUAUUCCAGAAGAUAUGGCUAAAUUUUACUUGGCCGAGAUGGUAAUGGCCAUCGACUCUGUCCACAGACUGGGCUACGUGCACAGAGAUGUGAAGCCUGAUAACAUCCUGCUAACGGCAGAUGGUCACGUGCGUUUGGGGGAUUUUGGUUCCUGUUUGAGGCUGCAGGAUGACGGCAUGGUUCACUUCUCGUUGGCAGUCGGUACUCCAGACUACCUGUCUCCUGAGAUCUUGCGUGCAGUGGAGGGGGGAGGAGGUUAUGGUACCGAAUGUGACUGGUGGGCUCUCGGGGUAUGUGCAUACGAGAUGCUGCUUGGGACCACGCCUUUCUACGCAGAGUCACUGUCUGAAACAUAUGCCAAAAUAAUCCACUUUCAGGACUAUUUUGACUUCCCUCCAGCCGCUGUGGAGAUUUCAGAAGAAGUACGGGCCCUGAUCACGUCUCUGCUAUGUGACAGGAGUGAAAGGCUCGGCUCAAAUGGCUCUGCAGAUUUUAGAAGUCAUGCUUUCUUUAGGGGACUCGACUGGAGCGCCCUGCACCGUUUACCUGCACCUUAUCAGCCAGAAGUCUCCAACGCCACAGACACCUCCAACUUUGAUGUGCUGGAUGACUGUCUCAGUGAAACAGAAACUCUAAGUGAUGUUAUUGACAGAGCUCCCACAGGAAUUCAUCUAGCCUUUGUCGGAUACUCAUACACAGCCACCAGAGAAACGGGUGCUGUGGACCGCAGCCAGGACAUCAUGAUGGAGAUUGACCUGCAGCAGGUCCAAGAUCAUUUAUACCAGCAGGAGAAACUGAGUCAAGGCUGGCAUCUCCAGGAACAUCUGUUGGAGGAGAUGGCAACACAGAGAGAGCUCCCACUGGCACUUGAACACAGCAUUGUAGAGCAGUCACUCACAUCUGAAACCAACCAGAGCAGUUUACAAAUUCAAGAACUACAGAGGCGACUGUCAGAGGCCGAGCAGCACAACAGAGAACUGGAGCAAGAGGUACGGACGCUGCAUGACGAGAUCCAAAGACUAAACGUCCAGCGGGAGAAAGAGCUGUAUUUGUGCCCGCCGCCUGUCUUUCUGCCUGCCUGCUGUGUGGAGCCUUUUAGGGAUAGCUCAGCACUGCCCCCUGCCUGCCAUUACCCACUAGUGCGACCUCUCCUGCGCCACCUGCUGCUUUUUCACAGGGUGCGAUGGCCACAGGUGAGGAGUGAAGCAUAUUUGCUGGUGUGUGCAGCAGGUGGAUUACUGCAGAUGUGGGAGCGCCAAUGCUGUUCAGAACUCUCCUAAGCUUCUGUGUCCAGGAAGACGUCUGAGUAUUUAUGAAGUGCCCUCAUAGGGAACUGACAUUCUCAGACAGAUGUAUAACUCUUUACCCACUGCCAGCUUAAUCCAAGCGGCUAUGCUGAAAUUCACUGCUCAGGAGUGUUAAAUGACAGAAUGUACAAGGGUGAAGUAAUGCUCCAGUGUUUUAAACCUGACGUGAGUAUCACAAACAAUGAUUUUAAUUUUUUAGUUUCCCUGUGCUGAGAGAAAAACACUUUACAAGAUAUUUUGGCACAGGUAAGAAAAUUCAUUGAUAUUUGCUUGUUGGAAAAUGAUGUGACCCGGUAAAUCACACUCAGGAUUGGGAUGGGAUUGUUGCUGGCUAGCUCUAGUGGUCGAAUGGUUUAAAGUAGGGGUUCCCACCCUUCUAAAUCUCAUGGCCUGUUUUCUUGACUAGCUUAUAAAAAUAGAUCAGUAAUUUUGUCUUGCUGUGAUUUACUCAAAUUGAAUCUGAAUCAAAUUUAAAAGAACACAUAGUGCUGAAAAGUAGCCACAUGAAUACAAUAAUAUAAAUAUAAUAAUAAUUGAGGCAGUAACAAUUCUAGUAUAGACUAAUAAGUUAAUAUAAGUGAUAUGAGCAAGUGACAUCGUUGGUCAGUGGUCAAGUAAUGGUCAAUGACAUUUCACCCAUAGGUUCUAGGGUUAAGUAACACGGGUUAAAGCGCCCCCUAUCCUGCUUUCAGUAAAAAAUUUAUCAACCGUAUUACAGUUCAAUUCAUAUUCAGGACAAUAAAUUAUUACAUUCAGCAUACAAAUGAUAAUAAAAUAAUAAAAGAAAGUCUUUAUAAAUUCUACAUCUUUAUUAAAGCAAGCUUGAGCCAUAAUAACUGUACAGCCAAUUGAGCAAGCUUGUUAGCUGUAUGCUAAUGCUACCAACACAAAAUCAUAGUUUCUGGAAUAUUUGACUAUUAUGUUUGGCUAUUAUUACACUACUUGUAUACUACUAUUAUUAAAUAUUACACUAAUAUGAAUUUAAAGACCUUAAAGUCUACUUAGAAACAUGCUCCAGCUGCUGAAACACUUUUUAAUCUCUGAUGAAUGAAUGUUUUGUUAUAUAAGCUUAGUAAUGGAAGCCUAGUUGUGGCUGAAAAUGAAAAGAGAAAUCGAAUGUUGGAUAAUCUAGAUCAGGGUUAUUUAAACUUUUUUUAAGCGACCCACAUUUUGUCCUUGAUUUUUAUGCGACCCAGGCGACACAAACGAUGCAUCUCUUUACAAUCUGUUCCCACUGUGGUUUACAAGAUGCUUCCACAAGGGGGCGUUCGCGUACAAAUUGAUUUAAUUAUUAUUAUUAUUCUCUGCAACACAUUUUUCCGAUCUAAAUAAAGCAUUUUUUCUCAGUAAAGGGAAAUAAUUGUCUGUGUAAAUCAGAUAAACUCAAUCAAUGUGAUAGAAAUUGAUCAGGUUUAAAAAUGCUGCAGUAUUUUCUUUUAGAUUUGUCGUGUUUUUGUAUAAGGCUACUUUGAUUUUGCACUUGAGAAACUGGUAUAUGGUCUCUCAUAUCAUUUCUAUGAUACUCCUUUCAUAUGCACUUAACUCAUUUUAAUGUAAAUGAGAGCAACUGGUUAAAUCUAAGCGUAUGUGUGGCACAGUGUUCAUAACCAUUAUCACUUAAAUAAGCCUGAACUCUGGAGAGGCCGCAGGAACAGGGUGUGCUGUUUUUAUGCACUAUGUACAAAAUGAUAAUAUAUUUUAAUUUUCUUAAGUAGUAGCACAAUCAAUAACUUUAAUAUUAGGUGAGUAUUUAUUACAGGACUUUUAAAUUCUAAUUCAGUUUGUCUAGUGCUGGAGUGAAUAAUUGUUGAUUGUAGCUUUGCAAAAGCAAUAUACUUUUAUUCAAUUGUUACAAAUGAGUUAUGUUUUAUUAAUAAAGAUUUGCUACAAGAUUUUUCCACAAAAAGUUAGUUGUUAAUUUUACUUUGAGGUAAAGAACAUUUUAAAUGAACAAUGCUGAACGUUGUUCUGGUUUUACAAUUGGGAAAUAGGCUUGAUCGGCAC